AUUAUACAACUAAAUAUCAGGAAAAAGUGAAACACGAAAAUAUGGAAAUAUCUUGAGUGCUGGCAAAAUAUACAUAUAUACAUCUUACAAAGUUUCAGUACAGUAGAUCACAAAGUUACGUGAUAGUUCAUAGCAUAAAGUGCCCACGAAGUCACAAAAGUUGGUCGUGCUUCAUGAAGAUGAAGUCUCCGACCGUGUUACUUACGUACCGGCAAGAUUUACAUUUUCUUUCUGGAGAGCUCCACGGUAAAGCAAGGAUUAUCAAGUGUUUUCUUCCUAUAGUCUUCUUAAUAACACACUGUAUUUUUGUUUUAAAGAUUUUACAGACGUUGAUACUUUGUUCUCCUUUCUGUAAUUUAUUACUCUUAAUGUUCGGCAAUUACACGGUAGCACUAAUAUUUUCUACGUACAAGUAACCAAUAUUAGUCUAUUUCUACUGUUAUUAUAAUAAUAUGCUCUUGAUAAUGUAAAAAUUACGUCUAAUAUGUAUACUUCCAGAAAAUUUAUUGGAAUACGUUUGAGUAUCCUAAAGCACCAUUCAAAAUGUAGGAAUAAUAUUUCAAGUCUAAAGGCGAUGUUAAUUCUGGAACUCUCAUGAUGCAAAAUAACGUUCUAUAUAUUUUGUAUGGAAGAAGUUUGCAUAUGGUUUUUGUCUGUCUGGCAUCGCUUGUCUUUACACUGUACUUAGUAUAAACGAAAUAGCUACUUUUACAUAUCACAUCAUUCAUAGAUCAAUCAUUAAGCGACGAGACAUGCAAAAUUGUUUCGCGAGAAUUGCCAUAUGUGUAAUAGUUCUAUCGUGAGGGAUUGUCCACAGCGUUAAUAUCUAUAGACAGAUAAUAAGCAAGAACAAAUAAGUCGGAAGUAGAGAAAUAAAAGUAAAGUAUUCGACUGUGCAGUGUCGCGAAGCUUUGUCAAAAAAUAUGGAAGUUACUUACAGUCACUAUUAUGAUAUCACUUUUAAAUUAUCGUCACUCACUGGCAUGUGGCCCUACUUAAAACCGAGAACAAAAUUAUUUCGGAUCACGUUGCUGACUAUAAUAGUGUUAAGUGUACUUAUCCCGCAGAUAGCGCAACAAUAUAUAUGUAAGACAGAUCUGCAAUGUACUUCUGAGAAUUUGUCAUCGAGUAUCAUACCAAUUACAUGUCUAGUAAUGCUGUACACAUUUUUAUCGAAUAAUCGCACAUUUAAAGUUCUCACUCAUCAUUUGUUCGUCGAUUGGAAAGAGUUGAGAAAUCCCGAGGAAUUCGAAAUUAUGAAGUUAUACGCCGAGAACAGUAGACGAUUUGCUCUGUUGUAUUCGGUAUACUGCACACUAUCAUUAUUUCUGUUUUUAUCAUUAUCUCUCAUACCGUUUGCCCUCGAUAUUAUACUGCCUCUCAACGAAUCCCGUCCCAUAGUUUCGCCGUAUCCAGCGAACUAUUUCGUGGACGUCCGAGAGCAUUUUUUCAAGAUUUACUGGCAUUCCAUAUUGGCUUGGGAAAUAAUUAUAAUUGGAAUAAUUACCUACAUGUGCAUGUAUGUGACUUACAUCGAGCACGUUUGCAGCAUAUUCGCAACGAUAGGAUUUCGUAUUGAAUAUUUAUUUUAUGGUGAUAACGAUAAGGGAGAAAGUUUAAAUUUUACACAGUAUGAUACAUUUCGCGAAAGGAUUGCAUUAAUGGUGAAUACACAUCAAAAAGCUAUAGAGCUUGCACAGCUCCUGGAAGACGCUUUUAAUAUACCUUACGGUAUAUAUACGUUGAUAGUAACAGGAGGAAUGAGCGUUACAUUGCUGCAAAUUACGAAGCAAAACAGCACUACUCUGGAAACCACAAAAUACGUACUAUAUGUCAUUAGUCAAUUGUUUACCCUACUCAUCCCGAAUUUUGAGGGACAAAAGCUAAUAGAUCACAGCCUGCAAACCCACGACAAGAUAUAUAAUAGCUAUUGGUACCGAGAAUCCACAAAGUCACAAAAGUUAAUUAUGCUGAUGAUGAUGAAGAGUCUGCAACCGUGUUGCUUAAGCGUUGGCAAAAUUUACAUUUUAUCUAUGCAGAGCUUCUCCACGAUUUUGAAGGCGUCAGUGUCGUAUUUUACGAUGCUCGCAUCCUUUCAAUAUCGCUUCGAACAUUUAGUCUCUAAUGAAACAAUAGGAAUUAAGAACAUUUGUUCAGAUGACGAAUGCUGUAAGAGAGUUGCUUGGUUUGUGGAUAAACAUCAAAAGACUUUAGAAAUGGCACAAUUAGUCGAAGACAUUUUUAGUAUACCUUAUAUUAUGCAACUGCUUAUGGCAACAAUAGGAAUGAGCAUUACCUUAUUACAGAUUACGCAAUACAACGACAAUGGCUUGGAAACAUUAAAAUACGUGGCUUACGUUGUUAUUCAAUUGAUACAUUUAUUCAUCCUUAAUUUCAAAGGACAACAGCUGAUGGAUCACAGUCUUCAGAUGCGCGACAGAAUAUACAAUAGCUCUUGGUACAACGUAUCCACGAAAUCACGAGAGUUGGUUAUGAUGGUGAUGAUGAAGAGUCUUCGGCCGAGUUUCAUUAGUGCCGAAUUAGUCGAUUCUGUGAGCUCUAGAGUUUCUCAGAAAGAUAUGCCGGAUAAAACUUACAGUCGUUAUUACGUUUUCGUUUAUAUAACAUCAUCGAUCGCCGGUAUAUGGCCGUACCUCAAGCCAAGAACAAAAUUAUUUCGCAUCUCGCUGCUGCUACUGACUACAUUGACUGUGAUAAUCCCGCAGGCUGGGUUUCAAUAUAUGUGCAAACUAAGACUGCAAUGUACUACUCAGAAUUUUACAACAUGUAUAUUAUCAAUUGUAAUCGUAAUACUGCUGUACACGUUUCAGUCAAACGCCCGCACAAUCAAAACCCUCACGGAACAUUUGUUCAUUGACUGGGAAGAAUUAAAAAGUCCUGACGAAUACGAUAUUAUGAAAUCAUAUGCCAAAAACAGUAGACGAUUAUUUCUAUUAUAUUUUGCGUAUUGUUUCGUAACGAUAUGUAUAAUUCUGUCGAUGUCUCUUAUGUCGUUUGUACUCGAUAUCGUAUUACCUCUCAAUGAAUCCCGUCCUGUACUCUCGCCGUAUCCAUCGUAUUACUUCGUGGAUAUUGAAGAAUAUUUUUUUCAAAUCUUUUCACAUGCUGUUGUGGCUUGGUUGUUUAUUGGAAUUGGAAUAAUGGCCCACGAUGGCAUGUUCAUUACUUAUGUCGAGCAUAUUUGUAGCUCGUUUGCUGUGGUUGGUUAUCGCUUCGAACAUUUAUUCUCUAAUGAAGCAAAGGGAAUUGUCAAGACUUGUUCAGAUUAUGAAUGCUGCAAGAGAGUUGCGUGCUUUGUGGGUAAACAUCAAAAGACUUUAGAAAUGGCACAACUUGUCGAAGAAGUUUUUAGUAUACCCAACAUUAUGCAACUGUUUCUGACAACAAUGGGAUUAAGCAUUACCUUGUUACAGAUUACGCAACACGACGACAAUAUUUUCGAAAUAUUAAGAUACGUGUGUUUUAUUGCUGCUCAAAUAAUACGCUUAUUCAUCUUCAGUUUCGAAGGACAAAAGCUAAUAGAUCACAGUCUUCAGAUGCGCGACAGAAUAUACAAUAGCUCUUGGUACAACGUAUCCGCGAAAUCACGAGAGUUGGUUAUGAUGGUGAUGAUGAAGAGUCUUCGGCCUAGUUUCGUUAGUGCCGGCAAAAUUUACAUUUUCUCUCUGAAGAGUUUCAUCACGGUUGUACAAGCAUCGAUGUCAUAUUUUGCGAUGCUCUCGUCUUUUCAAUAGUUCAUGUUAUUCCACUGCGACCAGUAAUUACGUGAUGAUGCAAAUAUUUUAUGAAAUAAACGAUUAUAAUAAUAUAAUAUAUACAAUACUAUAAUAAUAAAAAAUCAAAUAAAAUAGCCAUCUGCAAUCAUUACUACUAUUUUGUUUAUAGAAUAUAAGCAUAACUAUUUUCUGUAGUUUAACUAGUUUCUGUAAAGUGGAAGGUUAUAUUAAUACAAUAAAAUGCAAAAAAUAUUA